CCAUGGUAUAAUAGUAUUUCUUCGGACCACGCUAUAACUUUCAGUCAGCUUUAUUUCCAGAUGGAGGACCCUGAUAGUAGAUGUGGCAGCGUGGAUAAAAAGAACAAGAAUGAAACAUCAAAUAACUGUGCUGUUAAUACUGGUCGUGAUUCGAUGGAAAGUUUAUCUAGAAAUGAAGGAAAAAUUAUAAACAAACAUUUGGUUGAUAACAAAACAACCACAGUAGUUGAUCCAGAUACCUUGAAUUGCAAUAAGGAGAAAACAUUUGAAUGUUGUUACUGUAUGAGAACAUUUGUGACAGAGUAUUCCUUACAAGUCCAUCUCACACUACAUUCUACGGAAAGCCAAUUUGAGUGUUCUUAUUGUGGUAAGAAUUUCUCACGCAAGGGUCAUUUGGAAAUGCAUUUAAGAACACACACUGGAGAGAAGCCAUUUCAGUGUUCUCACUGUGAAAAGAAAUUUUCCAGAAAGUCGCAUUUGAAAGAUCACCAAAGAAUACACACUGGAGAAAAACCCUUUGAAUGUUCAUACUGUAGAAAGAAAUUCAUGCACAGAUAUUCCUUGCAAGUACAUCUUAAAACCCAUACUAGAGAAAACCUUUCUGAGUGUCCUUACUGUAAAAAGAAGUUUCUGCAAAAGUGCACUCUGACAAGACACUUAAUAACACACACUGGAAACAAGCCAUUUGAAUGUUCUUAUUGCAAUAAGAAAUUUGCUCGAAAGUCUUACUUGACAACACACUUGAAACACCACACUGGGAAAAAGGAAUUUUCAUAAUGUAAUGAUUAAAUUUGCAGAGUGCAAUAGUCUCUGAAUCCACUUCCCAAAACAUGCGCUGUUGAGAUGUGGUAUAAAAUUCUUUCAUAGCAAAAGUUCGCUAUGGUACAGUACGUGUAUGUUGAUAGACAUGUUGGAAGAUUAGAAUAAAGAGACACCAUAAUGUACAGUCGAAGGAAGAUGCAGAAAGAAAAUCUUUUAUCAAUAUAGUUAUUAGCAAAUUCGUUAGAGUUAAAUUAAAACAAUUUUUCCAUU